GGUGCGCUAUCAUGGCGGCUAAAGCUCUUUGCAAGACGAAAAUCGAGCUGUUUUAUGAUGUACUUUCACCAUAUUCAUGGAUAGCUUUCGAGGUUUUGACAAGGUACCAAAGCAAAUGGAACAUUGAUGUGAAACUACGCCCUUUUUUGCUCGGUGGUGUCAUGGCUGCAUCAGGCAACCAGCCACCUGCAAUGGUGGCAAAUAAAGGCAUGUACAUGCUGAAGGAUCUGGAGAGACUGAGAGACUUCACAUGUACACCUAUUAGACAACCAUCUGACUUCAUGGGCACGAUCAUACAGAAAGGCUCCCUGCAAGCGCAGAGGUUCCUAGCGUCUGUCGAGAUGUCUCAGCCAUCGCUGCUAGAGGAGGUCUCACGCCAGCUGUGGCUCAGGGUGUGGAACCGUGACGAGGACAUCACGGAGCUGGAAAGUUUAAGACAGGCAGGCAAGAUGGCUGGGCUUGAUGAGGCAACAUUGAAUAAACUACUUGGAACCCUAAAGGACCAAAAUGUCAAAGAUAAAUUGAAGGCUACCACCAGUCAGGCUUUGUCACAUGGGGCAUUUGGAUCACCUAUAAUGAUAGUGCACAAAGAUGACGAGCCACAUAUUUUCUUUGGCAGUGAUCGUUUUGAAUUGUUGGCCUUCCUUAUAGGUGAAAAGUAUGAAGGACCUCUCGCAGAGUUAUCCAAGGUUGGGGACACGAAAUCCAAAUUGUAAAGUGUGUAGUGGUUGCACAACCAACACCUGUGUUACAAUGGGAAAGUUAUUGUGAUGAACUGACUCUGAAAUAAGUUUAAAAUAACUGACAUUGCUCCUAGGUUACUAAAGCAUCAAUGAGUGAUUGCAUUAUAUUUUAAAUAUAGGCACAUAAUGUGAUAAGUGCUUGCCUGGUGUGCCAUUUGAAAUUGUUGUAAUUUUCUUUAUGUUUAUCAAUGAAUUUUUUAUUAAUUGUUAUGAUAACAGUUUUCAGUAGUUUUGUUUUACUAAUUUUGCAUCAAUUUGAGUUUUGUAGUUGAAUUCUCACUCCUACUCAUGAUGUACGUACUGUUAUGGGUAUCUACGAUUUUUCCACACAUAUACAAUGUAUACACAAUAUAAUACACAGUGAUUAUGCAGGGACGUAUGUAUAUUUGCUGAAAAAUUGCAUACUUAUUAAGAGUAUCAUUGAAAAAAUGCACCCAGCAUUGCAAUCGGCUUCAACCUGCUUCCUUGUUACUGUGUGCAAUGGUUAAUACACUUCAUCAGGAUCUGCUAGCUGAUCUCGCUCGUGCACUUUGCACAGUUGGAGGUAUGCUGGUUGAACUGUGGUGUGCAUGGAUGCAUAGUGAUGUACUUGUAAGCUAUCUAGUGAGUGACUGCAUGCCACUAUAAACCAUCGAACAAGUGUAACUGUAACUACAUAUACUUAUUAUAGCACUUAUGAAUGAAAAAGACUGA